UUGCAGACUGUAUGCGGGCUUUGGCAAAGCGUCUGAGGACCUGAGGUUCUUCACCUCGCUGCGGUGUGCUUCUCUUUCCUUGGGAGUUUCUUGCUCGUCAUGCAGCCGCGACCAUGGCCGGUCUAGGUAGCAGCGGGGGUUCUGGGAGCCUGAUUGGAGUUGAAGGAGAUGAAGAGGUGGGGCUUCGAGGAGUCAACUGUUCAGCUUCUGAAGGCGGAACUUCUGUGCUCGGAGGCCGCAGCAGUCGGGAAGCAGCUCGCACUCGGACGGCGGUCUGCACCUCUAGAUGUCUGUUUCUCUCACAAGUCUCUGUCAGUGAGAGGUUGCUUCUGCCGCUGCUGAUGGUGGCUAUAUGCUGCGGUCUGGACGGGACACUCAGUGCUCCAGGAAGAGGAGGAGGAGGAGGGGGGCUGAUCAGCACUGCUGAAGCCGCUGUUGAAGCGGAGGGCCGCUUCGCAGGACCGGACCCAUCACCCUUCGCUGGCAAGCAUUCGAGUGAGCGGUUCUUGCAGGCUACCGGUAGUAGCGCACCUGCGUCCUCUCCUGCGGAACCCGAUGUCCCUCCCUGCGCCACCAUCUUGAACGCCUCGGUUAUCACGGCCUGCACACCUUUGGUCGACCACCAAGUGCCCGAUGCAGUGCUUAAGGCUGCGAACGAGACUAAAUUCUCCAUUCCUUCGGUGUGCUUUUCGAUGAUCCGCAACAUAGUCGUGCGUCCCAACGCGUCCGGGCUGUACUACCUGGUCAGUGACAUGUGUGUCAUGGGCGGGUGGCUCGUCACUACCAGUCUCCAGUCAAUUAUGGCAGUCAGCUUCGAAGGCAGUUCGGGCAGCAUGGUCAGCCUCUCUUCGCCAGCUCAGCAAUCGCAGCCCAGUCCUCCUGUACAGGUCAGCGUCCUCAGUUACGUGUGGCCUGUCGCCAGUCCGUCCGGCCCCCCUCCUGCUUCUCCACCUAUUGCUCAAAAUAGGACCGAACUAGAUUCAAUGCUCAACAUUAACACUGCAGCUCUGUCGUCUGACGGGAGCCAUCUGAUCAUGGCUGCCUACCCCUCUCCACCAACCGGCACAUCCUGGGUGGUCUCCUUGGAUGUCAUCUCUGGAGCUCGGCUCUCCACUCCAGUGAGCCUAGGAAAGAUCUGGGGCCUGGCUUUCAGUCCCAACUACACGGCACUGUACUUGGCGGACUCGGCGGACUCGGCGGACUCGCUCGUCCCGCCCCGGAUUCUCGUGGCUGAGGUCGCUGCUUCGACUCCUCUUCUUCCUGCUUCGCUGAACACCACCGUUUUCCUUCCGCUCAGUCCCACCAACAUCAGCAACCCAAUGUUUGGCCCCUACAGCUUCACGGCAGACGGGAGUUGCCUCUACUUCCUGGACGGCGAGCAAGACCGAGUGUGGGCGCUUCACAUAGCCUCUCGCAAACUGAUACCUCUCUCCGGAAGUGAACUUUCUUUCCCCUUUCCAAGGAAUCCGAUGUACACUCUGCUGCAGAUUGCCGUUACAUCGGACGGUCGUAAUGUCUUCUUCACAGACUAUGACGGCAAGCUGCAUCUCAUCACUCUCGACUCCGCGUGUGGCAGUCCUCUUUCCUACCAGAUCGUUGCCAGGCGGCUGAGAGCGGGCAUGUGGGGCUUGGCGAUCAGUCCUGACGACAAGUACUUGUACGUAGGAACCCUGGAUGGACGCAUAUUAAAGCUAGACUUAGGCCAGCUCUCCUAGAGGCUAGAGCCACCUUGCUUGGCUCCGCCUUGUGGUUGCCCAUAAAUAGUCCCUCGUAUUAUUGUGAGUCUUCGUGACCGAAAAAAAAUAAAGUCCCUCAAGUUGGUGGGACCUUACUUCAUCCUGUCAAGUGUAAAUCUUACGUUGACUUGCCUAUCCUGACUCACCACUCACACUGUGAAAUUUUAGCCUGAAUCUAGCCUUGUUCCUCGGCAGAAGGUACAAUGUCUUACUGAUGUAAGCAUGGUGGAGUCUGAGGAGAUCCAUUUUAUUUAUUUAUUUAUUUUUUUGGGGGGGGGAGAGGAGGUAAACCUCAGUAGAGUCACAAAAACGAGUCAUAAUUCCACUAUGCUAUGUAUCACCCGCGGUCAUGACCGCGGGCCGGCUGACUGCAUGCGGUCAGGAUCAUGGCCCUCAGCUGGCCGGGGCCAAGUGUGGCCUCCGACAUUUUUAAUUCCUAGGAUAAUAGGCGGAAAAAAAGAACAAAAAACAAAUAUGGGGUUGUAGG